ACUCUCUGUAUCUUUUAGUAAUAUUAUAAAGGCUUCAAGGGUUGAAACUAUUUUAGUGCGUUUUCAUGUGUCUAAGAUGUGUGUGGGGGUCUCACCAUAAUUGUUACUAAGCAUGCUUGGAUGCUGAGAUCAGAAAAAGGUUCGAAAUGAAGAGUCCCUCGGGGGCUUUCCGAAUCUACAACCUCCCCUAAAUGGAUUGCAUAGCAUCAUCGACGCUGCAAAGAGCUAAAAUGGUAAUCAAAACCGUGAGGACAUUUUUGGGGAAGCCUCAGCGAUGUCUGAAAGAGCCCCCCAAAGAGGGGAAUAUCUUGCAAUAUACGCAUCUCGUGCUCACCUAUUUCUUUACGUUUGGUGAGUGCGGCAGUAGCAUAGAAGGCUUCAUGGAGUCUAUAAAUCGAGUACCUUUAGUCAGCGCAAUUUUCCGUGCAGAGGACAACGCAGACGUUGCCUGGGGUGGUUGA